AUGGCAGAAACGGUGGAAAAGUCAGCAACUCCUCAAGUUGAGGAGCAACAUUCGUAUCCCGAUGAGAAGCCCGUCGCAGAAGUCCCCGAUGAAACUGCGCAGAAUGGUGUAAAAAUCGCAGAAGCCAUGACCUUGUCAUGGAACAAGUCUUCACUUAUUGCCGUUUUCAUCUGCAUGUGGCUCGUCUACUUCUGCAAUGCCCUCAGAUCAUCUUUUGCCGCAAACCUGACUCCCUAUGUCACCAGCGGCUUCGAGAGCCACUCGCUCAUGCCCGUGAUCGACAUCCUGGCGAGCAUCGUCUCCGCGUCCGUUUACAUGCCUCUCGCCAAGAUCCUCAACAUGUGGGACCGCACGAUUGGCUUUUCCGCCAUGAUCAUGAUUGCCACGAUUGGAAUGAUUCUCAACGCAUCGUGUAAUUCUUUUGGGGUGUACGCCGCGGGAAAUGUCUUCGUUGCGGUCGGUUUCGCUGGCACCAUCUUCUGCGUCGACGUCGUGACCUCUGAUAUCUCGUCCAUGAAGAGCAGAGGUCUCGCUUUUGCCUUCACCUCCUCCCCGUUCUUGAUCACUGCUGCUGGUGGACCCAAGGCCGCGGAGACAAUUUACGCUGAUAACUGGCGAUGGGGGUUUGGCGCCUGGGCUAUUGUGCUGCCGGUCGUUGCUAUACCAAUGGUUGUGAUCAUGCAGAUGGGUAAACGGAAGGCCAAGGCAAACGGAUACUUGGCCGACAAGUCGGACAAUACUACUCCGAAACGAGGAAUCCAAUACUACAUCACUGAGCUUGACGUCAUUGGCGUCUUUUUGCUCUGCGCCGGCUUCGUGCUUUUCCUCCUCCCAUUCACAAUUGCAAGCUCAUCCGAAGACGAAUGGAAGUCCGCUCACAUCAUCGCCAUGCUCGUCAUCGGCUUCGUCCUGCUCAUCUGCUUCGCCAUCUGGGAAAAGUUUGGUGCUUCAGUGCCAUUCCUGCCCUGGCAUCUCCUCAAGAACCGCAACGUGCUCGGGGCAUGUCUCCUCAGCACUACCUAUCAGAUUGCCUACUACUGCUGGGCCAGCUACUUCACCUCGUACCUGCAAGUCGUCUACGGUGUAUCCAUGUCAACUGCCGGUUACAUCGCCAGCAUCUUCGACAUCGUCAACGGCGUCAACUUGUUCAUUGUCGGCAUUCUUAUCCGAAAGACCGGUCGCUUCAAGUGGAUUCUCCUAAUUGGCGUGCCGCUGUUCAUCCUCGGUGUCGGCCUGAUGAUCUACUUCCGCCAACCGAACUGGUCUGUUGGAUAUACCGUCAUGUGCCAGGUCUUCAUGGCUAUUGCCGGUGGUGUCAUCAUCAUCGGAGAGCAAGUCUCUGUCAUGUCUGUCUGCGCUCACAAUGACAUUGCUGCCGUGCUGGCCAUGCUGAAUCUGUUUGGAAACAUUGGCGGCUCCAUUGGAAACAGUAUAUCUGGAGCGAUCUGGACAAACACGCUGCCCCAAAAGCUGGCUGAGCUGCUGCCGGCUUCUGCUCAGGAUUCACUUCAGGAUAUAUAUGACAGCUUGGAAACACAACUUUCGUACCCGCGGGGAUCAGAGGAGAGAACAGCCAUCAUUGGCGCGUAUGCAUCUACACAGCGACUCAUGCUUAUUGCUGGAACUAGCGUCAUGGUUUUGGCACUUGUGUGUGUGGCGCUUAUUAGGGACGUUAACGUGAGGAAGGUCCAGCAAACUAAGGGUAUGGUGUUCUAG